AUGACCUCUCAACUGGACUGUUACACACAUAAUAGAUACAGAGACAGAGAGCAUGCAGUAACCACAGUAACUGCUGUCUCCAUGGAAGCUCUCAGGCGCAAACAGAUUAGCAUUACGGCUAAUUAUCUGCAGCCCUUCACACUCAAAGACAAGGUGCGGACUGUCAAGACAUCACAGAUUCUCUUCUGCCAAAUUAUCUAUUUUUACUCCCUGAAUGAGGAAGAAAGAAAAAAAAUGACCAUCCUCAUGGUCAAGGAUUAUUAUUAUUAUUAUUAUUCUUACUAUUGUUAUUGUUCUGGAUACUAG